AUAUAACAAUUCGCGGCGAUACGCCCGACGGGUUGCUCAUUGUGCGCCCGUUGACGUUGUGGUAGAAAUGCCGAGAUGAGACGAGUAAACGGGCUGUCUCCUAGCUAGCUGGUACACAUUGUGCCAGUGGUUGGUCUACAACACGGAGAGAGAGCAGACAGCGGUGCAGAUACGGUGACGGAGGAAGUGGGCUUCAUUAGUAGCGGUGGUGGCGUCGGCGGUGGUGGUGGUGAUGGAGGUGGUGGUGCUGGUUUGCUGGUGCUGGUCUACCGGUACACUGGUGGUGGUAUAGUGAGUGCACGGCAUAUUUCGCUUCUCUUUGUAAGAGUUCGCAGUAUCUCGCCGCUACUCUCACGCAGGCGAGAGGCGGCUAACACCUUCCUCCUACGUUCGGACGUGAACUGUCAAACGUCCGCGCGCGGACCUCAUUCUCGCUCACUGCCAGCGCACUCCUCUUCUUUCGUGGUUUUCUUCCUCUCUUCCUUUUCUCAUCUUCUUCUUUUAAUCCUUUUUCGAUUUCCGCAAAUGCCGUCCAUCGAUUUGUCCGCCAACGUGAUCGCGUACGACGAAAAGUGCGUGCCCUCUUUAUCGGCGCCGACUGCCACGUAAACAAUCAGGAGAGAAAAAAAAGAAAACUAGCAUCGUCGAAAAAGCUCGUUGUACGAAUCGUCAUUUUCACUGCCCUAAGUCACUCUCACGGAUAAAUUUCUUGCGUGAACGAACGUGUACAAAUACGGAAGAGUAGAUCGUCUCUCGCGCGUAAAAGAUUGCGCCAAAGUUAGUGCGAUCGUGUUCAGCGACUUUUUCGAACGUUUAUCACUGAUACGUUUGGAUACUGUCAGAAUGUAUCGCGUGCUACUUUUUCUCAUCUCCAUCUAUGGAAGCAUUCGUGGAAUGCAAUUCCCCAGCAAAGGGGACUUACCUCGUCAAUAUCAUCCACGUUACUUAAUGUACGAGGAGCCAUACAAUAUCGAGUUCAAGUAUCACAAUUACGAGCAGAUGAGCCGCUUUCUUCGCGCCACGUCCCUUCGGUUUCAAAAUCUCACCGCUCUGUACUCAAUAGGAAAGUCGGUGAAAGGUCGUGAUCUAUGGGUGAUGGUCGUGUCGUCAUCGCCUUACGAGCACAUGAUCGGGAAGCCUGAUGUAAAGUAUAUCGCUAACAUACACGGAAACGAAGCUGUGGGACGCGAGUUAAUGCUACAUCUCAUUCAUAAUCUCGUGACAUCGUAUGGAUCAGAUGCAUAUAUUACGUGGUUAUUGGAUAACACAAGGAUUCAUAUUCUACCGUCAAUGAACCCUGAUGGCUUUGAAGUUUCUAAAGAAGGACGCUGCGAUGGUGGUCAAGGCAGGUAUAACGCGCGUGGCUUCGACCUAAACCGAAACUUCCCAGACUACUUUAAGCAGAACAAUAAAAAGAGCCAGCCGGAGACCGAAGCUGUCAAGGACUGGGUCUCGAAGAUUCAGUUCGUGCUCUCGGGCAGCUUACACGGCGGUGCUCUCGUAGCCAGCUACCCCUUCGACAAUACUCCAAAUUCGCUGUUUCAGAGUUUCACGGCGACGCCGAGCAUCUCGCCGGACGAUGACGUGUUUCAACAUUUAUCGUUGACGUACUCUCGAAACCACGGAUCCAUGUAUCAGGGAUUACCGUGCUCACCGUCCCAGCCCGCAUUUAAACGCGGAAUUACUAACGGCGCCGAGUGGUAUCCGCUUACUGGCGGAAUGCAAGACUUUAACUACGUGUGGAACGGAUGUAUGGAAAUUACCUUGGAACUUUCUUGCUGCAAAUACCCGCCGGCCUCGGAUCUACCGCAUUAUUGGGAGGAGAAUCGAGCGUCUUUAAUCAAGUUUUUGGCAGAAGCUCACAGAGGUGUUCAUGGUUUCGUUGUUGAUGAAAAUGGUAAUCCCAUUGAGAGAGCGUCUGUUAAAGUAAAAUCACGAGAUGUCAGUUUUUCGACAACCAAAUAUGGCGAAUUUUGGAGAAUUCUGUUACCUGGUGUUUACAAAUUAGAGGUAUUCUCAAACGGAUAUAUACCUCGUGAGAUCGAAUUUGUGGUAAUCGAGCAGCAUCCGACGCUCCUCAAUGUUACGCUUUACUCGCUAAAGAGACAGUACAACGAUGAAAAUGGGUCUGUUUUGUAUACUGGAAACACUGGCGGAAGACCUUAUCCGCAUCGAGACCAUACGUUGUCCUACCGACCACAAUCGGGAGUUAAUACCGCGGCCGAUGCCAACAGCGGUAUUUUCUCGUCUAUCAGUAAUGGAUUUAACACCUUUGUGACCAACCUUUUCGGAUAAUCUCGCAAAAUAUGCCGCGCGCAAAAAGAUAAAUAUAUUUAAUUAUUUAUUUCUUCUCUAUAUAUUAUUGUGUGUAUAAAGUAAAAUGAAGUUUAGUUUAUUUGUGGCUUCACGAAAAAGCCGGGGCAAAAUGCAAACAGAUUCAUAAUCCGAUUAAUCGGCAAAAUACUGCCAAACAUAGCGUGAACUAUUGUACAUUUAAGAUUAAUAUAGUCUCUACGCGUUAUAAAUUUUAUUUAUGGAAACUCGUUAAACGUGUAUUGAAAAAAAAGCGUAUUUUUUAUUCUAUUUAUAAAGACAAAAACACGCAACUAUAUAUU